UAUAAUCGCCAGGCAAAACUAUUAUUUUAUAACGAUAUAAACUCACGAAUAAUAAUAAUAAGUCACUGAAUUAGUUAACAACUCACUCAGAAACUAGUUGUAUUUUGCACUAUUCUUUUUAAUCAAGAGUCACCGUCACCAAAAUGAACGUUGUUAUUACCGGUGCAGCAGGAUUUUUAGGAUCGCGAUUAGCAAAUGCUUUGCUAGCAGAUAAUUCAAAGAUAUCUGUUGCGCGACUUGUUUUAAUAGAUUUAAUACAGCCCUCCCCAUAUAACGAUCCACGAGUUACAACACUAUCAGUUAAUCUAGCUGACCCUUCCGCAGUUGAUCUAAUCAUUCAACCCGAUUGUCAUAUAUUAUUCCAUUUAGCUGCAGUAUUAAGUGGUCAAGCUGAAGUUGAUCUCGACCUAGGUCUUCGUGUUAACUUCGAUGCAACUCGAGCCUUAGUCGAAACGGCAAGACGUCGGGCCCCUAAUCUUCGAUUUGUGUAUACAAGUACAAUUGGAGUAUUUGGAGGUAACCUUCCAUCUGUUAUUAGUGAUCUAACCGCAGUCACUCCCGAAAAUUCUUAUGGCUCCCAGAAGGCUAUGUGUGAACUACUUCUAAACGAUUACGCUCGCCGUGGUUACGUUGAUUCACGAAUAGUAAGACUGCCUACAGUGAGCGUUAGGGCUGGUACCGCGAACAGAGCAGUAACAUCGUUUGCUAGUGGAAUAAUACGCGAACCGCUAAAUGGGAAAGUGAGUAUUUGCCCGGUUGGAACAGCGCAAAAAUUAUACCUAACAAGUCCACAUACAGUAGUGCAAAAUAUAAUACACGCGGCCACGAUUCCGGCAGACGCUCUGGGUUCAUGGCGGGUAGUUAAUUUACCUGGCAUUUGCGUGUCGGUUGGAGAAAUGAUUGAAGCGUUGCGGGAAGUAGCAGGUGAUCAAGCAGCAUCGUUAGUGCAGUUUGAGCAAGAUGAAAUGAUUGAACGUAUGGUUGCAAGCUUUCCGAGCCAAUGUGAUUACUCCCGUGCUACGAGUCUUGGUUUUGCAGUUGAUAAACAUUUUAUUGAUAUUAUUCGUUAUUACAUUCAGGAUGACUUAAAUGCUUCAAAUUAAUGUGUUUUUGAUUUAAAUUGUAUUAGAUUUUGAAUUAAUAAUAAAACAUAAUUAAAUUAAUUAAAAAGUUUUGUGAUUUUAGUAUAAGAAAUCAAUGAAGUCGUCACAGAUAUUUAAAAAUGAACAGUAAAAAGAUAAAUUAAGGUAAGCAAAAAAAUAUUCUUAAAUUAUAUAAAAUGAAAGCUGACAACACUAAAAUUAUUCAUUUAAAGCCCGCGACUCAGGCAAGAUUUAAUUUUGUGAUAAUUAUUUUUAUAUUGGAAGAGUAGCAACAACUUUAAAGUUGUAAUCUAAAC